UAAAUCUUCCUAUUUUUCUCUCAAAGAUAAGUUAUUAGCUAACCCUAACUCAACUCCUCCUUAUAUUCUCUUCUAAAAAAACUAAGCAAACAAAGUGAUUUUAUUUUAUUUUUUUGUUUUAAUUCAAUAAAAUCAUUACAAUUUUUUUUUGUUUUCAAAUCAUUACAUCCUUUUCCUUUCUUGUACUUUCAUUUUCUUUAAUUUUUUUCUCCAAACUCUAGUGUUCUUUCUCUCUCUCUUUCACUCUUUCCAUCAAUCUAUCUCUCUUAGAAAAUAAGUACAGAUUAUCAAACGCAAAUUCAGAAUUUAGAGUCAAACUGGUCAAAAGUAGCUAGAUGGAUGUGAUCUAUUAGACAUAUUUCCAUUUUCAUUUCUCUCUCUCUCUCUCUUGAUAUAUGUAUAAGUGAUUCGAUCUGAAAGUAUAGGUAUCUAGUGUUUAAGUUGAAUUUAUUGUUGAACCUAUUCUAGAUCUGUCUCUUUGAGAAUUAAUUAAACCAAAAAAAAAUUAGAUUAUGGAUCCGUCGAACAAUUCUCUCCCCCCUCCUUUCCACACGAGAAAUUUCAACUUACAACAUCACAAUAACAACCAUCAACACCACCACCAGCAACAACAACAACAACUUCAAUUCCAACAUAGCUCAGAAGAUGAGCAAAGUGGAACAAGUGGCCUAAACAUGUCCGGCCAAAAGAGAGACCGCGAAGACAACAAUAACAAUAACAACAAUAACAACGACAACAACAACAACAACUACAAUGACUCAAAUGUUGAUGAAUCAACGGAUGAAUUAGGCGUUAACGGAAGCCAUAGAGAGGGAGAGUUCAAUAGAAGGCCUAGAGGUAGACCAGCUGGAUCCAAAAAUAAGCCAAAAGCACCUAUCAUCAUAACUAGAGAUAGUGCAAAUGCCCUUAGAACUCAUGUUAUGGAAAUUGCUGAUGGUUGUGAUAUUAUGGAAAGUGUAUCAAAUUUUUCAAGAAGACGUCAAAGAGGAGUUUGUAUUAUGAGUGGAACAGGAAAUGUUACAAAUGUUAACUUAAGACAACCAGCUUCACCAGGUGCGAUUGCAACCCUCCAUGGACGUUUUGAGAUAUUAUCUUUAGCAGGAUCAUUUCUCCCACCACCAGCUCCGCCAGCUGCUUCAGGGUUGACUAUCUAUUUAGCUGGCGGACAAGGUCAGGUGGUGGGAGGUUGUGUGGUAGGGUCUCUUAUGGCAUCUGGUCCGGUUGUUAUUAUGGCGGCUUCGUUUAGCAAUGCAGCUUAUGAAAGACUUCCUUUAGAGGAGGAUGAUUCGAACCAACUUCCGGUUCAAGGGGGUUCACUAGGUUCACCUGGAGCGACAGUCGCUCCAGGAGGACCACAACAUCAACAAUUAUUAGGCGACCCUUCAUUGUUUCAUGGAAUGCCACCUAAUCUUCUCAAUAAUGUGCAAUUACCUUCUGAGGCUUAUUGGGCAACAGGUCGACCUCCAUUCUAACUAGAUGAGAUUCGUUGAAGGGCCGGGUAAUAAUUUUCUCUGAUUAACUUGUUUAAGGUCACGACCCUCCAGUAUUGUAUCAUAUAUGUUCAUGAUCCAAAAUUUGAGGGUCGUGACCUUUAAUUAGUUGAAAUUAUCUCUAUUUAGUUUACAAUAAUUCUUAGGAAUGUGUUGUUGUUUUGGUCAUUUUAUUAAGUUCUUCAUAACUGUUAAUUUCUUUUAGUCACAUUACACUUUAAUUUAGGUCCUUUUGAAUUUAGGUUUUUCUAUUGUGAGUUUGACUAUGAUCACAUGAUAUGAAAU